AUGUCCUCUCUGCAACGGACUCGCUCCUUGCGUAAACCAACGAUACCACCUCCCGCGGAAAAGACGGUCAGACCUACCGCCACGGAUGCAGCGCGAAGCGGCUCCCCCAGCCGAUUACCAUUGAAGCCAUUCACACAACCUCCAUCCGCCACUCUACCAGGCUCAUGCGCAACAAACACCAUCACAGCAGCGUCGUCGUCCCGGAGCAGCAGGCCUGCCCCGACCCCACCGACACGCUCAACCUCGCUGUCUUCAAGGGCAAAUGGAGCCUCUGCGGGAGAAACGGCCAAGAAGGAGACCUCUCGCUACCCCCCGCCAAGCGGUGCGAACAGAGCAGUGGCCAGGACCCGACCUACGUCCGCAGGCAGCGGGAGCGCAGAACCUGCGCGGCGCGCCCCGACGCAUGUUCGUGCUAAGAGCACGGUGACGAGCCUAACACCCGCCACGUCGUUGCGGCCGCCGUCGAGUGGCCGAGUUGCCAGUGGUGGUAGCCAGACGACGAAGACGACGACGACGACGACGGCAGCCAGAGGCGGCCGCAGUCGAAAUGUAUCCGUGGACAGAGGCCCGUCUACACCCGCGAAGCCAAGCGUCGCACCAACGGCCGCGGCAGCAAAGGCACAACAAGCUCAACCCCGACUGCGACCUGCCUUCUCAACGCUGCAGCAGCACUACUCGCCAGCAAAGUCGCAAGCCCCCAAGCCGCUGACAUCGGCUAUCAUCGCCCCGCCAUCCCCGUCAAAACUACCAGCCAAUAUCGCUGCGUCGGCCGAGACAAGCAGGUUGCAGGCCGAGCUUCUGCAGCUGCACCUCCUCCACCGAGACUCGCAAGCAGUUCAAGCGCAGUGGCACGCCAGCGCCAAGGCGAAACUCGGAUCCCGCUUCGAAGAGCUCAGCCGAGAGAGCAGGGGCGUGUCCGAGAGGGAGAGGUUCGCCGUGGAAAGCGACAACAUCCUCGCUUUGAGACGCUGGGCACGCAGCGGCAGGUGCGGGAUAGAAGAGAAGAUCCAGUCGCUGGAUGAAAUCUUCACCGGGCUAUGGACGCUCAGUGAGCCUGCAGGCCGGUACGCGAGGGUGGUGAAGCGGUUUGAACGCUGGGCCGACCACAUGUGUGACGCGGAGGAGGCGAGACACGAUGCGGGGAGGACGCUGGUCCACGGCCAUGAGUCGUUAUUCGUCGGAGAGCUGGAUGCUGCUUGGAAAGAGGAAUGUGCCGGCCUGACUAGACGUUUGGAAACUUGGAGGGCUCGCCUCGCUGAGAUAGAUGAUUUGCCGACACGGGAGGGCGUAGCUACGACCGAGGUGUCCAGUUUGGAGAGGAUGCUCGCUGGGGCAGGGAACCUCGUGCACGAUAUGCUGACCGAGUUACAUGCCAUGGAGGAGAUUGAGCAGCAGGCAUUGGCUAGGGAGAAUGAGUGGAUUGAGAGGGUGAAUAGGGAGGGCGAUGAUGACAUUGAUACCCCGAGGGCUGGAGCUGUAUGGCGAGUGAUUUGA